ACGCGCGCUGGCGGCGGCGGCGGCGGCGGCGGCGGCGCAGUCCCGACCCCGCGCCCGCGGCGCCCCAGCUGCGGCCGGAACGGCCUGGCUGCGGGAUCUGUGCGCAGCGAUGGCGCAGCGGCGCCGGCAGCGCCGGGGAACCUGGACGCCGCUGCUCUUGCUGCUGCUGACCGGGCCCGCCGCCUGCGCCGCCAGCCCUGCGGACGACAGCGCGGGCCCCGGUGGCCGUGGACCCCGGGGCCGCACGCGGGGGGACGUGGGCGCGGACGAGGCGGCGCCGCGCCACGACUCCUCCUACGGCACCUUCGCUGGGGAGUUCUACGACCUACGCUACCUAUCCGAGGAGGGUUACCCUUUCCCUACUGCACCUCCUGUGGAUCCAUUUGCCAAAAUCAAAGUGGAGGACUGUGGAAAAACUAAGGGAUGCUUUAGAUAUGGCAAACCAGGCUGUAACGCAGAGACCUGUGACUACUUCCUUAGCUACCGGAUGAUAGGGGCUGAUGUGGAGUUUGAGCUGAGUGCAGACACAGAUGGUUGGGUAGCAGUUGGAUUCUCUUCUGACAAGAAAAUGGGUGGCGACGAUGUCAUGGCCUGUGUCCAUGACGACAACGGCAGGGUCCGCAUACAGCACUUCUAUAACGUAGGCCAGUGGGCAAAGGAGAUUCAGAGGAAUCCAGCCAGAGAUGAAGAAGGCAUUUUUGAGAACAAUCGGGUUACCUGCAGAUUUAAAAGGCCUGUGAACGUUCCCAGAGAGGAAACAAUUGUUGAUCUGCACUUGAGUUGGUAUUAUCUGUUUGCUUGGGGUCCAGCCAUUCAGGCUCAAGAGUUACUUGGAAUAAUGCUAAAGAGAACCUCAUUGGAUGGCCCUAGUUCACAGUCAGCCUUUCAGGCAGAAGACCUUUCACAUUUACAUAGAGCAUGAAGGCUUUUGGAUACACAACUAAUGAAGAGAAUGUUGGAGAGGACCCCCCAAGUGAUCCUUUGUUCCAACUGUCUGACACAGCCCAUUUAGAGGAAAAUCAUUUAUGGGUAUAAUGACGCUGCUGAGGCAUUUCCACUGUAGAGUUCUGGAGUCUCCUGGCCUGCCCCCAGCACUUUAAAGCAGGCUCCAACUUGGUGGGUUUUGUGAUGAAACAGCAGUGGAGACUGUGAUUUCUGAUGUCUUCCUUGGAAUCCACGCCAGAGGUGAAAGGCCCCCCCCUUGGGGAGAGGUUUUCAAAUUCUUCUGGAAUGGAACAAAAAUAUGGAAAACAUCCAGAUUCUGUGACAUUGCACAAUGUACCACGUAAAUCCAAGGCAAUGUAGGAGAAAACAAUCCUCACCGCAGAUGGAGAGAGGUUAAAUGACGUCGGUGUGAUGGAUUCAAACUCAAGCCAUCUGAUUCAAGUCCCCAGCUCCACCUGACUACCCCUGCCUCAUAACCAAGCCCCCCAGCCACGGCCGAGGAUGGGCUGUGUGUCACCUUCUAAGCUAGAGCGGCCAGUCUGGAGGACACGGACUAUGCAGGCACCCACCUUGUAAAUAAGAAAGCGAAUAUUUUUCUAUCUCA